AAGUCUAAAGGUUUAGGCUUUUGUUUUCUCUGGCCUUCAACAACGAUUCAACUCUGAGUAUUCCAAUUUAAAAUCAAUCGCCGGCGAUCUCCUCUCCUCUCUGCAUCUAUACAUCGUAUUGUCGCUCUCGCCUCCUCUGUCUUGUCUAAACUCUCUGCUCCGGUAACUCCUCUCUAUCUUGCUUCUUCUCUGUCUCCUCCUAUAACAUCUCUGCUCGAACACUCUGUCUCUCGUCUACUCUCUCCUUCUUGUUUCAAGAGCUGUGUUUUCUUUCUAGUUUAUAUAUCUUAUGUUUGUAUAGUUAGUAACAAAAUCAGUCUCUCACCAACUGAGACUUUGUUUUUGUAUCCCGAUGAUUCGGCUACGUUUUUAGCUCAUAGUAAAAAAACUCAUUGGAACUUCAUUGGUUCUGUUUUCAUGAUUCAGAACCGUUGUCAUGAAGAUCACUGCCUUGCUCGUUCUCAAGUGCAAUCCCGAAACUCCCGAACCAGUUAUCCUGGCCAACGUUUCCGACCUCUCACAAUUCGGAAAAUUCAAUUUCUAUCGCUCUAACUUCGAAGAGUUCAUCGUAUUCAUUGCCCGUACUGUCGCCAAACGAACCCCUCCUGGUCAGUGCCAAUCCGUCAAACACGAAGAGUAUAAAGUGCACGCUUACAACAUAAAUGGCCUCUGCGCCGUAGGAUUCAUGGACGACCAUUAUCCCGUUCGAAGUGCCUUUUCUCUUCUCAACCAGGUAUUAGAUGCGUACCGGAAGGAUUUUGGUGACACAUGGAGGUCUGCAAACUCUAGUCAGCCGUGGCCAUACUUAAAAGAGGCUUUAGAAAAAUUUCAGGACCCGGCAGAAGCUGAUAAGCUGUUGAAAAUCCAGAGGGAAUUGGAUGAGACCAAGAUUAUCCUUCAUAAAACCAUUGAUGGUGUCCUAGAACGAGGUGAAAAGCUGGACAGCUUAGUGGAGAAGAGCUCAGAGUUAAGCCUGGCAUCGAAGAUCACUGCCUUGCUCGUUCUCAAGUGCGAUCCCAAAACACCCGAACCCGUUAUCCUGGCCAACGUUUCCAAACUCUUACAAUUCGAAAUAUGCACUUUCUAUCGCUCUAAAUUGGAAGAGUUCAUCGUAUUCAUUGCCCGUACUGUGGCCAAACGAACCCCUCCUGGUCAGUGCCAAACCGUCAAACACGAAGAGUAUAAAGUGCACGCUUACAACAUAAAUGGCCUCUGUGCCGUAGGAUUCAUGGACGACCAUUAUCCCGUUCGAAGUGCCUUUUCUCUUCUCGAUCAGGUAUUAGAUGCGUACCAGACGGAUUUUGGUGACACAUGGAGGUCUGCAAAAUCUAGUCAGCCGUGGCCAUACUUAAAAGAAGCUUUAGAAAAAUAUCAGGACCCGGUAGAAAUUGUUUUUGAGAAGCUGUUCAAAAUCCAGAAGGAAAUGGAUGAGACCAAGAUUAUCCUUUAUGAAACCAUUGAUGAUCUCCUAGGACGAGAUGAAGAGCUGGACAGCUUAGUGGAGAGGAGUACAAAGUUAAGCCUGGCAUCUAAGAUGUUUUACAAGCAAGCGAAGAAAACAAACUCAUGUUGUACAAUACUCUAAGCUGUAAUGCAACUCUUGAAUCUCCCUCUAUAGAAUGGUCUACCCUAUUUGAACUGCUUUCUAUGUGCAAUUUCUAUGAACAUAUCUCAAGGAAUAAGUUGUUCCAUAUCAA